UCAGAUUAUAUGUGCAUGGUAAAGCUCAUUUUCAUCUCAUAAUUGUUCUGGAGUGCAGUACCUUCACCAUGAAUUCAAACCCGGAGUAUUCCGUCACUAUUGUGGACAGGUCAGUGGCUGCAGUUGAAAACAAACCGGAGAGGACCCUUGCUUCGGGGAUGGACUCGUACCCUACCCAUUCUAUGUUCAACUUGGAAACGCCCUUCUAUCCUAUCACUCCCGACAUACCUGACAGGUGUGAAAAGUGUGGGUUUCACGUACGCAUGUCCCUAAAGUAUGAUCACGAUCUGUUCCAUAGGGCUCUGAACACUCUUGGUUACAAGGGAACGGAUUGGCCCUCAGAAAUAGAAGACUUGAUAGAAAAACGCCGCCAAGUUGUAAAUGAAGCGACUAAAAAGUUUGAAACUGCCAAACAAGCGAAACAAGGAUCGAAAAAUGCAAAGUAUAAAGAAAAGUUUCUGCAAUUUGUAACUGAGGUCAAUAUCGCGUUUUCGGUUGUAAAGAUGUACAUAGAAGAUGAAUAUGAAAUCGGUCAGAAACCUCAUUCGACGGUUUACGUAGCUGCUAAGACAAACGUCACCAUACCUUAUAAGGAAGCAAACUCGAAUGUGCUGCUGACUGCAAUGCUUAACGAACCAAAUCUAAGGUGGCAAAGUCAGUUACUUAACCACUCUGUUUACAUUGACGAUCUUCUCGGUUCUUUUCCGGACGAAGUUUUGACUGAAUAUGCAUUGAGUAACGUCAAUGAUCCCGAGAUUUUGAAGCGAUCAGUUCAGUUCAUGGGAUUGUAUUCAGGUUACAACGGAGAAGCAGCUUCACAUUUAUGCUACGCCAGAUUUCACCAAGAAAUGGCCACUCGAUUCCACAAUUUAAUUGCAAGGUAUGCCCGGUCAGACUUCUCUGUACGCAAAGUAGACAUCGAACUCAGCCGAACCCGAAUGAUGAAGUUGAAAAAUAGCGACUACGGGAAAGCUGUCAAAAACUGUUUUGUUGAGACUUUUCAACGUAUUGAUGAUCUGCUUUGCAUGGGCGAAGGUGAAUCGAGUACAGUGCGUUGGUCUGGCGUUUCAGUAUCGACUUGCCUGUUCGAAAAACAUGACGGAAUAUUAUUUGUUCAUGUUGCCAAUUGCGGCGAUAAUCGAGUUCUAGCGUGUAGGGACGGUGAGGCUAUCAGGUUAAGUAAAACACAUGUCAUGGAAACACAAUCGGAAAGAAAACGAUUUGAAGAGAAACCAGAGUGUCGUAAAUACAUGAAGAAAGUGGGAAGAAGUCACGCCACUAGAGGUCUAGGAAAUCUAGGGGACAAAAUUUUGCGACAAGUUGCAAUUCCAGUACCAUCGUGUGCCUCAUAUGUUUUAGACGACUCAACCGAGUUCAUUUUGAUCGGAUCUCGGGGACUUUUCAAUGUCCUUUCGGAGUCUCAAUGCAUCAAGAUUUGCAAAAGUGUCUUGCCAAAGUAUUUCAUGGAGAUCAAGAAAAGUGUGGAAGAACAUUUGGUUUCCGAGGACGAAGACCUAAAUCGGAACAAAACGGUGACGUUUCAAAGCCCUAGUAGAAUACAAGAGAUCCUGCAAGGAAAUAGCAAAGAAUUGGACUCUUCGUUCUCAGAGGAAAAACAGAACGAAGUAGAAAAGUCGGAAGAAAACAGGAAUGAUUUGGAUGUCGAGCCAAGCGAAAAAGACAAACACCAACAAAAUGGGAUCGAAAGUUCAGAAGGAUCUCCGAUAGUUUCCCGAGUACACUCGCCUUCGAAUAGCACUCAAAACGGGUCUGAAGUUGUGGAAGAGCGACAUGUCAGCGAAUCAGAAGUGUUUAAAGGACUUACACUGAAGGCUCUGCGAGGCGAAUUAUCGAAUGUUACAGUCGAUGCGAGGACAGAUUGGUACCAAUAUUUGCCCUCGAUUGCCAAAAAUAUCUGCGAGAAAAUUUGUCUGAGUGCGAUGAAGAAUGGAUGCAAAGAGAAUGUCAGCUGUGCUCUGAUAUUCCUGCCCGCAAUUAAACGAAGAGUGGACUUUGAUGAAACUGACGAAUAGAUUAAAUGCGCGACUGCUCCAUAUGUUUCCAUACUAGAAGUUUAUUUUUUUCUUUGAAGUUUUGAUCAUGCAAAGACUGUAAAUAUUGUAAAAAUGUAUCAAUGUAAAUUUUUAAAUAAUGGCUACUUUCUCAUCAUACAAUUUUUUGGUUUUUUUUUAAUAUCCUUGUAGUUCUUCAAGCAGAGAAAUCAAGUGAUCAACGAAUA